AGAUGCGUCGUCGUGUUGGUCGCUCGCUGCGCUGCAGACUCGCAGUAUUCGGUCGGUGGAAGGAACCUUUCCACCCCAGGCGCCACCAUUUCUUCGGUGAUUGAGCUUCAACCGUGUUUCUCCGCACACCACAGCACUGGUCAACAGUUUUAUAUGACGUCUUUAUUUUGGUGGAUCGAAUUCUUGGGACGAGGAAAUCCAGCAAACUACCGGCAACAGAUAGAGCCUAGUAGCUGCACCAUCGAGCCGGGCAGGUUUAUGCAUUUCCGGGGGUCUGUGACCAGUGGCCGUCUUCACUGUAAACACCCGGACAGGAGAACAGACGUACAUUGUAAUGCUAUUAACAGUUAACCCGCAGAACUUAAACCGGAACAAUUAGGUGAGUUGCCUCAUACAUGCGUGCAUGUUGCAUGUCCACGUGGAGCGCCCGCUCGCUUUUCUCUCGCCUCGCAUUUCUUUCUCUGUGGUCUUUUAGCGGAAGCCCGAUUGGUGGGCUGUUUCGUUUUGAGGGCUUCUCGCCUUGGCGUGCCUAAAUUGCCCCGCCCGUGCCGUGCGCGGGUGCCCCAACGGAGGAGCUGUCAAAAACUCUGCUAACCUGCAUCUUUGUCGUUCCCCUUCCUUUCUCUCUCCCACCUUGCCGGUGUGUUGCACCCCCUCACCCCACCCACUGUGCGCAGACGCUAUCCCCUACACCCGCCAAAGAUUGCAGGCCCUGCAGUCCUGACUUGUCUUCUCUCUUCCGAGGAUCCUCCCUCCCCCUGUGCAGACUAGAUUCCCUCCCCCCUCUCUCCCCCUCCUCUCUCCUUUCUCUCCCCUCGCCUGCUCCCUUCCUUCACUCCCCCCGGUGCCUGUGCGUGAACCCUCCCCCGAGCCACCGCCGCCACCUGCGCCGCCGUCAUGGGGAGCGUCAACGUGAACCGCAACCUGACGGACCAGUUCUACCGCUACAAGAUGCCCAAGAUCAUUGCCAAGGUGGAGGGCAAGGGCAACGGCAUCAAGACGGUGCUGGUAAACAUGGGGGAGGUGGCCAAGGCCCUGAACCGGCCGGCCACCUACCCGACCAAGUACUUCGGUUGCGAGCUGGGGGCCCAGACGCAGCUGGACGCCAAGAACGACCGCUACAUCGUCAACGGGGCCCACGAGGCGGCCAAGCUGCAGGACAUCCUUGACGGCUUCAUCCGCCGCUACGUGCUUUGCGCCUCGUGCGACAACCCCGAGACGGUGCUCGGGGUGCUGCAGCGCAAGGGGCUCAUCACCACCAAGUGCCGGGCGUGCGGCCACAGUGGCACCCUCGACGGGGCCCACAAGCUCAACACCUUCAUCCUCAAGAACCCGCCGCCGGGCCAGGACAGUGGCAAGGCGGCUGCGGCGGCCCCCGCGGCGGCUGCAUGCGGCAAGAAGGGCAAGCGCAAGUCGCGGGACGAGCGCAAGGGGGAGGCAAACGCCCAGCAGAACGGGGACGAGGCCCAGCAGGAGUCCGACCACCAGGACGACGACUGGGGGGACGACCCCGACGACGACUGGGCGGAGGACACCAGCGAGGAUGCCAAGGCCCGUCGCAUGGAGGCCCUGACCUCGGGGGCCAAGGGCCUGAUGCUGGACGACGACCUGGAGAAGAGCGAGCAGGAGCGGGUGGACAUCUUCUACAACUUCGUCAAGGGGAGGAGGGACGGCAGCCUGGACCCCCGGGAGGUGGUCGGGGAGGCUGAGAGGCUUGAGGUGCGUGACAAGGCGCCCCUGGUGCUGUGCGAGCUGCUCUUCGACGACCAAAUGCUGAGCCAGGUGGCGCACCACCGGCUUCUCCUGCUGCGCUUCACCCACGGCAACCAGCGCGCCCAGCGCUACCUCCUUGGGGGCGUCGAGCAGGUGGUGCGUGAGCACAGCGCGGCCCUCCUGCCCCGGGUGCCCCACAUCCUCAAAGCCCUGUAUGACUCGGACGUGCUGGAGGAGGAAGUGCUGCUGGACUGGUCCAAGAAGGUCUCCAAGAAGUAUGUGAGCAAGGAGGUGGCCCAGGAGAUCCAUGAGCGGGCCAAGCCUUUCAUCAAGUGGCUGCAGGAGGCCGAGGAGGAGGAGAGCUCCUCCGGGGGGGAGGACGGCUCCGAGGACGAGAAUGUCGAGGUGGUGUACUCGGACCGCCACAUCAGCUCGAGCAUCCAGGAGAUGAAGGAGCAGCCGAAGCCGCAGCCCAAGCCAGCAGCGGGCCAGCAGCAGCCGAGGGACGAGGACGACAUCGACAUCGACGCCAUCUAGCAGCUUUCUCCCUUCCACUGUCUUCUCUGUGUAGGCUGCUCCGGGAGAGGAAAGACAAGGCGGAAACUGAUUCCAGUCAGGGUGGGACGGAAAGCACUUCUUCGGUUGGGGACAACUUUCUGGUCCAGUCGAAACAAAUUAUUCUCCCCUACUUUUUUUUUUUUUUCCGUUCUUUCUUUGGCAUUUGAUAUUGGGUUUCAAACUUUUUACGACAAUAGUGCUGCAAUGGUUUUUGUGCAAUUGUCCGCUGAAUAAAUUUUUUUUUUCUCUAGAUAUUUGUGUAUGUGGUACCCUAAACAAUUUCAUGAUGUUACAAAUAAAAUUUGUUCAUGCUA